UCUUUCUGAACUAAAAUUCCCUCCUUCCCUCGUUUUUCUGCUCUCACCCAAACCCACUUUCCUCCAGACCCCUCCCCAUCCCCCCUCCUCUUUCUCUCUCUAAAAAUCUCAGAUCCCCACUCUCUCUCUCUAAAUCGCCUCUCCUUUCUCUCCCUCAUCAAAUCUUUACAAUCUUUCCCGAUCCUUCAAUCAUCGAAGACCAGUGAGGGUUUGUUUUCUGAUCUCUUCAAUCCCCAAGAAAUUUCUGAAAUUUCUGGAUCUUUCUUUAUUUUUCAUGUCCAGCGCUAGAACUUCGAACGGUCAGGGGCCGCCGUACGCAGCAGCGUCGCCCGGAGGACGGAGUACACAACCGAUGAAGCGCCAUCUUCCGUUCUCCUCAAUGAAGCCGCCUUUCGUUCCUCACGAGGAUUACCACCGCUUCUCCUCUGCUGAUACUCGCAGAGUCGCUGCCGAUCAUGAAGCUGAAGCUAUAGUGGUCAAAUCACCUCAAUUGAAGCGGAAAAGUGGAACUGUCUACAAUGAAGUUGAGUCUAGUGAGUGGACUGCCAGCCCUGGAUACACCAAUACUGUCAACAGUCCCCUUGGAACACCUGAAUCUGGAAAAGUAGGAAGGACAUAUGGCCGGUCAAAGGUCUCAAAGAGCAAUACUGGGCCUCAGACCCCAAUGUCAAAUGCUGGUUCUCCGUCUACUCUUACUCCUGCUGGCAACUGCCGUUAUGACAGCUCCCUAGGUCUUUUAACAAAAAAGUUCAUCAACCUGAUCAAGCAUGCAGAAGAUGGUAUUCUUGAUCUAAAUAAAGCUGCUGACACAUUGGAGGUGCAGAAGAGGCGGAUAUAUGACAUAACAAAUGUCCUCGAAGGAAUUGGUCUUAUUGAAAAGAAGCUCAAGAAUAGAAUCCGCUGGAAGGGACUAGAUGCUUCAAGACCAGAGGAGGUUGAUGACAAUGCUAGUAUUUUACAGGCGGAAGUAGCAAACCUUUCUAUAGAAGAACAAAGAUUAGAUGACCGCAUAAGAGAAAUGCAGGAAAGAUUAAGAGAUUUGAGUGAAGAUGAAAACAAUCAGAAGUGGCUUUUUGUGACUGAAGAAGACAUCAAGGGCCUACCCUGCUUUCAGAAUGAGACACUGAUUGCAAUUAAAGCUCCACAUGGGACCACUCUUGAAGUUCCAGAUCCUGAUGAGGCUGUUGAUUAUCCACAGAGGAGAUACAGAAUAAUCCUUAGAAGCACAAUGGGUCCAAUUGAUGUUUACCUUGUCAGUCAAUUUGAGGAGAAGUUUGAGGAGAUGAAUGGUGUUGACCCAUCCAUGAGCAUCCCUCUUGCUUCAAGUUCUGGUUCUAAUGAGAAUACAACAGCAGAGGUGGCUCAUGUGGGGAGCAGUGGGGUGGAGAUCGAAGCACAGGCACAAGGUCAUAGAAUGGGCUCUGAUCUUAAUGUUUCACAGGACAAUGCUGGGGGGAUUCGGAAAAUUGUUCCCUCAGAUGUUGAUAAUGAUGCAGAUUACUGGCUUCUAUCAGAUGCAGCAGAUAUUAGCAUCACAGACAUGUGGAAGACUGACUCUGGCAUUGAAUGGACUGCAGUGGAUAUGCUUCCUGAGGAGUUUGGAAUUGCUGAUGUUGGUAAUCCACAGCCACAGACGCCACCAUCUUGUGGUCACAACGAACCAUCUACAGCUGUUACCCUACAUAGAGGUGAUUAGAUUGUCCAAUGAGCUAUAUAUCAAGUUAACUCACAGGUUGCCUGAUGAAUUAGCACUGAGGAAGCUUUUGGAAGAAGCUGAGGCAUCAAAGUCAGAGGUGUUCUAUUACUUGAAUCUGAAAGAAGUUCAUGGUCUACAUGUGCAACACCGUUCAGAGUGCAUUAGGUUCACUGAUAGCAGUACUGGGUGGCAAGAGUACUCAGGUCUGAACAAGCCUGAUACGUAAAACAUCUAUUUGUUUAUCUUUUUGUUGUUUUGUUGGGUUGAGAUGGCUGUUCAGUACUGAGCUUAUUAAAACUACAAUUAAUAUGGUUAUCAUAAAAUUGAGUUUUGAGUCUACUUCA